AUGGUCCAGUACCCGGCCGAGUGCAGGCUGGCGCCUGCCGGAAGCGCAAAAUGGCACCCGCAGCCCAGCUCCAAAACAAAGCUCGAUGCCACACCUCCAGCAGCAGCAGCGAGCAGGAUGAGCUCCCAGAGCGUUAGCUCUCAACAACCGCGAACGGCGCCCGCCCCAUCGCCGUCGCGCGCCCUCGCCCAGGCCCUCCGCCGCGACUGCAACAUCGCCGCCCACGCCUUUGUCGUCGUCGGUCUCGACGAGAGGGGCGAUGCCUUCGUGCUUCCCUCCGACAAGUUUGACUACGUCCGCCCGCAGCUGGCCCGCACGCCGCAGUGGCGCCAACUCGUCUCGCACGUCGACAGCCUGCCACCCCAGUUUGUCCGCGGCGGUCCCCAGGUCUAUGCUAGCGACGAGCCCGCAGCGUCGGAGUGGGUCGAUGCCGCAAGUCAAGUGACGACCGACUCUGACGAGAGCCGCCGUGCGAGUCUCUCGCAGCCCAAUCAGCGCGCGCGCAAUUCAGAAAAGUCAAAGGUCAAGAUCAAGAGCCCCGCCGCCGAGCCCGUCCGCCCACGCAAGCGCCAGCGCUCUACGUCACGCAACCAGAGUCUCGCCGAGGACGACGACGAUGAGAACGAGGACUGGUCCGACGCCGUCGGCGUCGACAUCGAGCCCGAGGAGCAGCAGGUAGUGCGCUUCCCCAUCGAGGACCGCGCCCAGGUGCUCGACAUCCUGGGCCGCCGCCUCGACCAGAUGCAGCAGCUUGCAUGCAAGGUCAUCCUCAAGGCAUGGAUCCGGGCCAUUGAGCCCAAGAAGCAGUCGAACUAUCCUUAUGUCGGUAGCGACAAGAAGAAGAAGCAGGAAGCCGAGAAGAGCACCCAGAAGAAGCGCUCCAAGCCGAAGGAUGGCCCGGACGCUCCCCCAUGGUGGCCGACGACUCACGAGGAUUGGUGGAGGUUGAUGCCGCAUCCCGAGUGUGGGACCAUGGAUGAGGUCCGUCACAAGGAGCCUGACCACCUUAGGAAACCUGAACGUCUUGUCCUCGGUGUCCACAUCCUGUUACACCAAGCCCAGAAAGAGGGCGGCAUUGACCUCUUGGUGCACUCCACCAAGGACUGUGUACUGCAGUUCGAUCAAGACAACCACAAUGGUGACGAUCGAAAGGGCAAACGCGACCUGUUCUUGAACGAUAUUUACCUGCUUGCACAGCACUGGUCCGACUACGUCACUGACGGCAUUGAUGGCGACACCAUGAUCGGCAUGAAGUGCUACCCCAAGCAUGCUCUCCAAAACAAGAAGGCCAGUAGCGGCUCCUCGCGCAAGCGUCAACGCCAGGAUUCGUCAGUCGAUACCCAGGAGGUUCAGGAAAUUCAAAAGUCGCAACAUGGUCAAGAGCAAGAAGACUUGGUCCAGUCAACAAGGGCGUUGGAACUGGAAAAUCAGAGUUGGGAUUACUCUCACCCCAACGGCCUUCCGGAUCCCUCGCCGCAGCAGGUGAACAACUUCUUCCCUUCGAACAAUAACGACUUCCGAAGCUACGUAGCGCCGGUCGGAAAGCCAUUCUCUGAUGCAAGCGAUCUGCAACCGGCGUACCAGCAAGCACCGAUGAUGCCUCCACAGAUGUACGACGACAGGUAUGGGUUUGAUGCGAAGCAACCUCCGAACUACGUGGACAACCCUACCUACCCGAUGAGUCGGGACCCAAGCUACGUCAGCCAGCCCUCGAAUUACGAUUGGCGGACAGUCCAAUCGAAUUCGUCCUUCUCUCCCUCAUCGACUGCCUCCCUGGCGCAAAGUUCGAACACCUCCUACGCCACUCCCUCCAAUACGAACUUCCCUGGUGCUGUCAAUUUUUCCUUUGGCAACAAUCCUCAACUCUCACCUCAACACAACUAUAGCCCCGGCUCUCAGGUAGGCAGCAUGUCGGCAGCAUCUCCGGCGAUGGGUCAAGCCAUGGCCGUUUCAGGACCCAUGUCCAUGAUGCCGGGGAUACGGAGCCAGUCGAGCACCUAUGACGAGCCGCCGUACAGCAACACCUUCCGCACUGGCUCACUAAGUCAUCCAAACAUACCGUACAACAUGAACAGCUCUUACCAUGGCUAG